GCUGGAGGUACAGAUGAAGAUCAUCAAUCCUACCAUUGGCUCAGCGCCACGUACUAUCAGACGGUGCAGCCUGGGAUGACCCUUGAGCCCGAGCCCAGAGUGGGGUUUCUUAUCAGAGAGAUAUCAUCUCUCGUCCAGCAAACGAUCGACAUUCCCUUUGAAUAAACAACCCACUCCACAAGCUUAAAUCGACCGGUACCAUAGAAUCGCGCUAUUACCUCACAAGAUCUAAUAUUCAACUGUAAGGAUCCGUCCUCCUCCCGCUAGUUAUGAGCGAGGGGUCACUUAGCUCGCUGUGCGGGCCAUUCCUCUCUGAGCUGAACAAGCGCACAUCCUUGAACCAUCAAGACCAUGAAUUCUACGCCAACGGCACCACAAAAGAGGUCUUCCAACUCGAUAAAGAUAAACUGCGAGAGUUACUUGGCAUGAUACUACAUAUACCUUCGAAUGAUACCACAUUACUACCCAGCAUCGUUGAAACGACGCUAACAAACCUAUGCAACAUUCUCGCAACUCUGAUAUCAAUUAAAGAUCCAACAGAAGUGUUGGAGCGAUUUCGUGACCUUCUCCCUGAACUCAGCACCCUUGAUCCGAAGGAUCGAAUUAGUGAUGUCGAUCUCCCAAUAACUUUGGAGACUGCGAAGCGUAUCUUCAGCUUUACCGAGGCAGCGGCUGAGUUUGAUCGGAUACAGCGGAAGUUUUGCCCUGUGACUCUCAAGAAGUGGAAGCAAGUAACAUAUACAGGGGAGAGGAAAAGGUGCAGGCUUCCAUACCUUGAAGAGAAGCAGAUUGGUAUGGGCUCCUUUGGCCGAGUAUGGAAAGUCAAAAUUGAACGGCAUCAGGUGGAGUCAAACGACGGGAAUGCAAAUUCCCAGGCUGUCUACUAUGCCCGGAAAGAUUUUGAAUUGAUCGAGCAAGGGUUCCGGGAGGACGAAGUCCAGCGCAGGAUUCGCAAUCAGGUAAAGCGGCACGAGAACGUGGUGAUUGCCCUGGCUAGUCUACAGUAUGACAAUACAUACAGCUUGUUUUUCCAUCUUGCAUCGUGCAAUCUUUGGGAAUAUCUCAAUGAGAGCACCGUUCAUGCGGAUGCCCCUUCGACCUUGGCAGAACGGCGUUCUUUUUUUCUCCGAGGUGCGACGCUGGCAGGCGCAUUGGCGUUUCUUCACAGUGAAUUCAGAAGCACAACAUUGGAAAGGCUCUCUUGCUACCAUCUCGACUUGAAGCCACACAAUAUCCUUGUCUAUGGGAUCAACACCCCAGAUGAAAAAUGGAAGAUCACCGACUUUGGGCUUUCUCGGGUCAGAGGCAGAGAUAUUGAGAAUAACGAAGAGGUCGAUCUUGCCCUUCCGCUCUUACGCCGAACACGAAAGGCCCGGCCUGCUCAAGAUCCCUCCACGGUUGCCCACCAUAGAGAGGGAACCUACCUUGCACCGGAAUGUGCUUCAUCCACCGGAAGAGUAAGCUCCGCAAGCGACAUCUGGUCAUUUGGCUGCAUAUUUAGUCUCGUUAUGUCGUUUAUGGACUCUGGACCGCACGGUGUGAAAGAGUUCAAACAGCUCCGUGGUAAGCAAGAAGUCGGUGACUUUUUCUAUCUCAUCCGGCGGGGGAAGCCUCAACUUUCACCAUUUGUGGCGGACUGGUUUGAAAUACUCAACACCAGGGCACGCAUGAGAGGGAUUCCUGGAGAAAUCGAGGUUAUUUCUGAGACUCUAGACUUUUUGAGAGAGGAGGUUUUGCAUCCAGUGCGUGAUAGCAGGGUGAAUGCAUUGAAGGUCGAAGACAGACUUGUAACCAUCAGCCGUCUGUUCCACCACCGUCCGCCUGACACUCCGCGUCGACAAUCCUUCAGGAAACGCUUCAAGCAAUGGCUUGCUUCGCAUCCAACAAAGGCGCCUGAGCUUCAUACACUCCCUGUAGGUCGCGAUGUGCUAGGAAGUAUGUUCUCGCCAACGGGCAAGUUCCUACUAUACUACUCACGCCACCAGAUGCUAGUCUUUGUGGUAGAUCAGAUCAGAACUGCGAGACAAAACCAUGAACGUUGUCCAGACCCCUUCGUCUUUCCAGAGAUUCGGGGGCCGUGGGAUUGCUUCGCUAUUAGUUCCAAAUAUCUCGGUGCCAGUCCGAAGCCAGGGAACGCCCAUCACUUCGAGUGCUAUAUAUACAACCUACCUUUCCUAUCUUCGGCAGACAAUCGCUACGAUAUGGAUGGGAAAAGAAUCUACUAUCCAAAUGCCGGGUCUAUCAAAAAGAUAGCUAUGACUUGCGACGGCAACCUUAUGGCAUUUGUCGUAACGCGCUCUUCCUUUGGGAGAAAAUUCGACGCUGCAGUCUACCUUUUCUACACCCAGGAUCUUCUUGGCGUUGGACCCGAUGAGCAUUCAUCCCAGUCUUCAAUUCGAUCGGGCUCAAAUGCCUCGAGUACUGCCUCGGAAGCUACCUUUGGUGGAAAUAAUUUCGGCUUGCAAAAUGCAAAUAUAGGCUCAAUCGAGCAUAUUCGAUCCUUGGCCUUCUCCGGAGAUGGCAGAUACUUGAUCUUGGUGGUUCAAUCGCAGCAUGGCGAAUUUCUUGUCAGAGCCUGGGAAACGUAUACUGGCACAACUUGCCCAGCUCUUCAGAUCCCAUACCCAGGCCUAUCUAAUUCCGAUCGUGCAACUUUCACUGGGAGCUGUGUAUACAAUACUGGACCAAACCUGGUUCUGUUGUUACAGUGUAAAGAACUGAUCUCCCUCAACCUAUGGGAUCGAAAUGCCCCGAGACAGAAGCUGAGCGAGGAAAUGAUCGCUGUGUUCAUGCAAGACGACGAUCGUGCUCUGAUCUUUCUGGGAAACAACGGCACUGACCGCAUUUUGAGGGUGUUUAUGCUGCCGCAUUUCGAAGACGACCACAUAACCCAUCCAACCGAGGUAGCAAAGACCAGGCUUUCGGCAUAUAAACCUUCAACGGACAGCGCCGUUCUAACUGAUCGAAAUGCACACGAUCAGAGGGAAUUGCUGAUUGCCACGAUCGAUGGCUCUUUUGUGACUGUUUCUCUUCCAAGCACAGGACAUGCUAUUAUGUGAGCAUUGAAUAGAAAGGGCCUGCGGUGCGACACAAUCUAGCCGUGAGAAAACGAGUCAAUGAAUACAAAAAGGAGCAAAAACCUCGAGAUUUUGGAAUGGCCCGCAUCGAAACCCCGAGGGUAAAUGGCCUCGGCGAUCAAACACUAAGGGCUGCCUUGUCAUCCUGUCCAAAUCCACCGUACAACUUCCUCCUUCUUAUCCACCAAUACAGCACUGCUGCCGCUGUAAGCACUGUAAGCAGAACGGAGCACACCACGAAUAUCCAGAAUUGAUGUGAUACUACAAGGUUGUUAUGUGAAUCCUCGUUGAAAAACGGAUUCAUGCCGAGGACCGUCUGUUAGGAGCUCUCGUUAGCUUCCCAGCAUAACUAUUCACCAGCUCUCCACGGGGAAGAGAUACUCACUGCCAUGAAUGUUGGAGGGAGGUAGAUCAGGGUCGCAAUUGUGAU